AUCUUCCGCUGCCAGCAAGAGAGGGUAUAAGCAUCUACUCGCCGAGAUAUGAGAACCAGCAUCAUCUCUUCCUCACGUCUCCGAUCACACACACUCACUCACUCACACUCGGUGCCUUGCAUCCGUUCAUUGCUUGCCAGGUACUUCAGAAGCACUGAAGUUAUCUCGAUUGAAUCGAUCGCGAACAUCAGCCAAUUCUGCCAAGUCCCCAGCCAUGGCGCCACUUGCAUCCAUCGUCGUGCGUCCACACGCCAUGGAAGAUCGUUGUCUCGUAGCACCCCAUCCCGAAGUCCGCCAGCGCCUCCUCACACGAUACAAUGAAAUCAAGGCCACUAUUGCCCAGUCCUCGGAGCUUUCCUUCCUUCGCUCGGUACUCCGCCCCAUUGAGAGGCGCCCGCCAGGAUUCAACGAUGGUCUUCUCCGCCCUGGCCCAACCUUUCGCCCCGGAAUGACCUUCGCGGCGCAGCUCAAGGAGCGCGUUCUCCUCCGCGGCGACGUGAACGUCAUCGUGGUCUUGGUAGACUUCUCUGACCAGAAAUUCACUCCCUCUCAAACAAAAGAGCAUUACGCCAAGCUCUGGUUCCAGGAGGGCUCCAACAGUGUGAAAGACUACUUCAGGGACGUUUCCAACAACAAGGUGGACAUCAAGGGAGAAGUCGUUGGCCCCUACCGGAUGCCGAAGCCGAUCUCGUAUUACGCAAACGAGGAGAAUGGAACUGGUAGCACGGCUCCAAACGCAAGAACAAUGGCUCGAGAUGCAGCCAUCUUGGCCAACCCGAAGGUGAAUUUCUCUAAAUACGAUAACGAUGGCGAUGGGUUUGUGGACGCGUUUGUGAUUGUGCACGCAGGCUCCGGAGCGGAGAGGACGAGUAAUCCCAACGACAUCUGGAGCCAUAAAUGGGUGCUAGACAAGGGGGCGUAUCAAGCCGACGGGACGAAGGUCUACAGCUACCUGACUGUUCCAGCGGAUUGUAAGCUUGGAGUAUGCGCGCACGAGCUCGGGCAUCUAGCGUUUGGGUGGCCAGACUUGUAUGACGCAGAUUACACUUCGAGUGGAAUUGGGGAUUGGUGUUUGAUGGCCGGUGGGAGUUACAAUGGUAACGAGGAUAAUCCCGCGACUCCGUGCGCGUGGUGCAAGGUGGACCAAGGGUGGGUGGAAGUCAUCACGCCAAAGGAGACGCAGAAGGUGUCGCUGCCAGAUGUGAAAGAUGAGCAUAAGGUGCUGAAGUUAUGGACGGACGGUGUCGCCAUGAGUGAGUAUUUUCUGGUUGAGAAUCGUCAAUUGAAGGGGCGCGACAAGGAUCUGCCAGCUGGGGGGUUGCUGGUGUGGCACAUUGACGAGACGAAGGACGACAACACGAGCGAGCAGACGAAUUACAAGGUGGCGUUGGUGCAGAGUGACGGCCUGAUGGAACUGGAGCGCACUAAAAGGGAUCAAGGAGACAAUGGCGACCCAUUUCCGGGGGUCAAGGGAGUCCGGGUGAUCAACACGACGACGAACCCAUCGACGAAAGGGAAUAAUGGCGUGCCUACUGGAGUGGCUAUUAGCGACAUCAGCGACCCUGCAGAUGUCAUGACUUUCACUGUGUCUGUUAGCAAUAAAAACCCUGCCAAAGCGCAGAUUGGAGAGGGAUCCACCUCAGACGUGGCGAAAAUUCACUUAAGCACGCACUAGAUGCGUAUUGGUGAAGAGUUCCACGCAAACUGAACGGUAGAUGGCUUACGAACGACUACAGCAAUAAAAACGUGUAAAGAGAUUUGAUUGCAAAAAAUAUUCAAAUAUUGUGAUGCAUUAUUACAAAAA